UUUUAAAAGUUUGAUAAUAAACAAAACAGAUGACGAAUAAGAUAUAAGUAAAAAGUGAAGAAAAACAAUCAUGAAAAAAGUUAUUUAAAUGGCAACUUUGAUAUUAAUAGCUUUCAGUGCAAUUCGAGAUCUUUAUUAUUUAAGUCCGGUUUUUAAUGAAAAUUUUUCUAUUUCGGAAGCCAUAAAACAGAUCCAACGUAAUAGAAACAAUUUGCUAUUCGACAGAUAUUGUCAAGAACUGUGGAUUACUCAAACAUCUAACAGAAUAGAAUUUGUGCCAAAACACAGAAUAAUGGAAACUGGUAGAGAAGCUUUUGAGUUUCUGGAGCAUGAAAGAAAUGUACAUCAACAAUUAUAUGCAAGAGAAGUUGAAAGUUAUGAUGACAUUGAAGUUAUUUCCGGUCAAGAAGCUGUGGACGGUUGUUGGGACAGAAAGUCAACAUUUUUUGAUCAUGAUGAUCCGGAAUUGAUAUACGAAAAUAGUUCAUUAGGGGAAAUAAAAGAAGGUGUCAGCUUUAUAGUAUCUGGAACAACGUUACAUAAUUGUGAAAGAUUUUCCAUUAAUUUAAUAUUGGAUACUCCAACACAUGAUAUAGCACUGCAUUUUAAUCCUAGACUGCCACAAAAUUAUAUAGUAAGGAAUUGUAAAAUAAAAAAUGUUUGGUCAACAGAAGAAGUUGCUUCGAUAAUGCCAUUUGUUUUGGAACGCGGUAAAUCAUUUACAUUACAAAUUUUAAUAACUGAAGAAGAGUAUCUAUUAUCGGUCAACGGGCACCACUUUGCUGCAUUUCGUCAUCGUUUACCUUAUACAAAUAUUAAGUGCCUUGAAGUAAAAGGUGAUGUAAAAGACAUUCAGUUUGAAAGAACUGUUGAAAAAGAAUAUCCAAAAAGGACACUUGAAACAAUGCCAAAGACAAUAAAAAUUAUUUCAGGCAUUGAAAAUGCUGAAGAAGCGGAAUCUGGUAACUAUAAUCUAACGAUUUCUACAACUGAACACGCGUCAAUAGUAAAUAUAAACAAAGUGGGCUUAAAGUUACCAUAUUAUGCGAAAUUACCAGAAAAUUUCAAAAUUGGGCAACGAAUAAAUAUCGAAGGUAGAAUUAAAAUCUUACCACAUUCGUUUUUCAUCAAUUUACAAUCUGGUCACAAUAUCUGGCCACAUCCUACAAUACCGUUCCAUUUUAAUCCAAGAUUUGCUGUUGACGGAAAGCAUUUAAAACACAUAAUUUGCAAAAAUUCAUGGAUUGACGGUAAAUGGAAUCAAGAGGAGCGUAAUGAAAUUAUAAGUGAAUUUGCUCCAGGCCGGGAUUUUUGUCUAGGUUUAUUUGCUGGUGAUAAUUGCUAUGAAGUAUAUUUAAAUGAAAAAUUUAUUGCCAAUUAUCAACAUAGAACAGAUGAAAGGAAAGUUGAUACGAUUUAUAUACAGGGUGACGUUCAUAUUUGGAAUGUCACAUUAGUUACAGAAGGUAACUCAACGAAUAGUCAAUCACAUGAAACUAUUAAUUUUAAUAAUGCAGUUAGCAAGGGCGAAACAAAGUGGGUCUAAAACUUCACAAUAUAAACGUCCUUUUUAGUUUUGAUAUAAACGUCCUUUUUUUUUAAAGUUGCGUUAAAAUUGUUAAUAAAAUUUUUAGGUAGUCAUAUAUGAAAACUAUACAUUUUUUUUAUAAAUCGAUAGUUUUAUUUUAUAUCUGUAUGAAUAUAUAUGUGCAAUUUUUGAAGCAUUCAUAAAUUAUUUAUUUUAAAUUUAACUUUAAAGUACAAGUAAUCUUAUAAAAAUAACUAGCUAAACGAUUUUUUUUUGUUAAAAACAGUCUAACGUAAUAAAAGUAAAAUGUAUACAACAAUUUUUUUUAAAGAUAAUGUAAGUAAAUGAAAUUGCUCAAUUUUAGAAAUAUCGGGUUAAAUAUCAAAAAUGUUUUUCAAGAAGCACAAUAUUAUUUUUUAUUUCAGUACUUCUACAAGUGCAUAUAAUAUAUGGAAUGAAUAUCAGUAUUUGCUAAAAUUUCAUAUGCUGACACUAAUUUUGAUUUUUUAUAAAAAAAAGUUUUAUUUACAUCUUGUCGUUUAACCAAUAAAAGCAAAGAAAAACUUAUCUCUUCAACGGUGUAUUGUGCAUUGAACUUUUUAU